AUGGCUGCCGCAAGGGGCAUUAACCAGCUUCUGAAGAGAACUCUCCACAACCAGUCUGCUGGUUCAUCACUGCUUUCUUCAGUUCGAGGAAAGCAUGAAGAGUCCUCUGCUGGACUGAGAGCAUUGGCUCUUCUUGGAGUUGGUGCCUCUGGUCUUUUUAGUUUUGCUACAAUAGCAUCUGCUGAUGAAGCUGAGCAUGGCUUGGCAGCCCCAGAUUAUCCCUGGCCACAUGCUGGCAUCAUGAGCUCGUAUGAUCACGCAUCAAUUCGGCGCGGGCAUCAAGUUUACACGCAAGUUUGUGCCUCUUGUCACUCCAUGUCCUUGAUUUCGUACCGUGAUUUGGUUGGCGUGGCCUAUACUGAAGAGGAAACAAAGGCAAUGGCUGCUGAGAUUGAGGUAGUUGAUGGUCCUAAUGAUGAGGGUGAAAUGUUCACCCGCCCUGGUAAACUGAGCGAUCGCUUCCCACAGCCUUAUGCAAAUGAGCAAGCAGCCCGGUUUGCUAAUGGUGGUGCAUACCCUCCGGACCUUAGUCUCAUCACAAAGGCAAGGCACAAUGGUCAGAACUACGUUUUCGCUCUUCUUACUGGAUAUCAUGAUCCACCUGCUGGUGUUCAGAUUCGUGAGGGUCUGCACUACAAUCCCUACUUCCCUGGUGGUGCCAUAGCCAUGCCCAAGAUGCUUAAUGAUGGAGCUGUUGAGUAUGAGGAUGGUACUCCUGCAACUGAAGCCCAGAUGGGUAAGGAUGUCGUAUCAUUCCUUUCAUGGGCAGCUGAGCCUGAGAUGGAAGAGAGAAAGCUGAUGGGAGUGAAAUGGAUCUUCCUACUAUCACUAGCGCUUCUCCAAGCUGCCUACUACCGCCGCAUGAAGUGGUCAGUCUUGAAGUCCCUUAUUCUGUGGUGCAUGGAUAUGGAUAUAUCUAUUGCAGUUGAAAAACACAUACUUGGACAGGGCAUCUGGGCAUGCCACUACAAAACACCUGAAGUUUUGCUGUCCUAUGUUUUAACUGCAUGGAUUGUGCACUGA